AUUGGCGGUAGCCGGAUGUUCAAACUAGUAUGGGACGCCUUGAUUGGCUCGGGGCCGCCGCGGCAGGCCGGGCUCCCUCCUCGCGCUCGGGCGGGUUAUUGUCUGGCGGCUCCUGAGGCGGCUCCAGCGCGGACUCGGGACCGGAGCUCAGGCGGCGGCGGCGGCACCAUGGCUGGUGGUAAGGCGGGGAAGGACAGCGGGAAGGCCAAGGCGAAGGCGGUGUCGCGCUCACAGAGAGCCGGGCUGCAGUUCCCGGUGGGCCGGAUCCACAGACACCUGAAGACUCGCACCACCAGUCACGGGCGAGUGGGUGCCCCCGCUGCUGUCUACAGCGCCGCCAUCCUCGAGUACCUCACUGCCGAGGUGCUGGAGCUGGCGGGGAACGCUUCGAAGGAUCUCAAAGUCAAGCGGAUCACUCCCCGUCACUUGCAGCUGGCAAUCCGUGGCGAUGAAGAGUUGGAUUCCCUGAUCAAAGCCACCAUUGCCGGUGGAGGUGUCAUCCCCCACAUCCACAAGUCUCUGAUUGGGAAGAAGGGACAACAAAAAACGGCGUAGAGAGGAGGAAAAAAAAAAAAAGCAGCCGUCUCCCUCCCGUCAUCGUACUGUACCUGGGACAGAAGAAAUCUUGGGAUACGUGGAAUUUUUUUUAAGUCAUAGUUCAAAGGAAGAGCAUAGACAAUUGACUGUAGAGAGGAGAAAACAUUGGUAUGGGCUUUAGAUUUAAAGUUUGACACAAA